CCAAAAACGGGCGCAAAUCAAUUUCCUUCUUCUUAAUUCCCACGACCAGUCACCACCAACCGUCCCGUGUUCGUCUGUCCCAGCUCAAUAUGGUACUUUUGCGAGCCACUUUACCGGCAGCCUCUUAGCUCGUCCUGGACUUCUACCAUUGUGUCUCUCUAUAUGCCCUUGUCUCCCUAUAUCUCCAUAUCUCUCUUCCCGAGAGAGCCAUGUCAUGGCCAUGGCGCUUCACAUAAAAAGUCGAACGGCCCGGCCGCAUAUUCGCCGCCCGCCAUUGCGUGUGGGGGAUUUAUUGCUUUUAUUACAGCGUCUCGUCUCGCUUCGCUUCGCUUUUAUAUUACACGUGAUGCUCAUGAUUUCUGGUAAUCUAAUAAAACCAUUUCUGUUUCCCUCCAGAUGUAAAAAAUUCCGAGAAGUUGGCUCUUCUCGAAGUAAACACGCCGGUGUAAGCGCCGGGUGAAAGAGAGAUAGGGCGAACGACAGUACUCAUCCUGGGUACGCAAUGCUCUUUGUUAUCUCAACACUGCUGUGUGUCGUGGUGUCCCUAAGUCAUGGCCUGGAAUCGGUCAGAGACAAAGAUGAGUUCCGCCCUGGACAGUUCUACAAAAGGAUACCAUCGUAUAACAGCUCGGUGACCGUCGUGGUCACCAGCUCGUUUGACAUACUAGCUUCUAAUCUCGCAGUGUCGAGCUCGGAGACACAUGAGGGCCCUAUAGAUGUCAGUUCAAUUACGACAAUUGGUGCUUCUACUAGUGACGCUUCCAUUGUGAUCGUGGAACCCUCCGAAGAUAGCUCUUCUUCAACGGAAUCCUAUCCUUGGUGGACGUUAUUUAACCUGGGAACUAUCACCACAAUUGGGAGGCCAACGCUUGUAUUGCCAACAUCAUCCCCAACAAGGGGCAGCCCUAUCAUUUCUUCCCCGCUAGUCGUCAGUAGCCCAAGUUCUAACACGGAAGACGAUACCUCUUUUCCCACACUAACCUCGUCAUUUAAUUUUAAUGGGACGUCGAGACCAUGGAAUUGGAAUACUACCUCUAGUGGCUCGUCACUCACCUCACCCACCGUGACCUUACCACCACCAACAACUGUCAGCACGACCUCGACUAUUACCACUACGCCGAGCGAGUGCCCGGCCAAAGAGAGCGGACCAUUAACAAUUACCUCUUACUCUAUAAUUCAUACAUCCACUACGACAUGGAGUGGAGAUCCAGACGACUACACACCCCCUUACCCGCCUAUAAGCACACCUAUACCAUGUACUCCUCAGCCGAGUCCAACCGGUCGCUUUACCAUUACCUUUUGUGACAGCACAGGCAAGACCUGCUCCCUUAUCCACACUUCCGCUCCGCCAGGUACCGUCACCCCUACCGAUCCCGCGGAGCCGACGGCAACGGUUACCUUCGUUACGACGGACAAGAAUCCCGCCGUGGUAUUUCCAACCCAGGCACCUCCUAGCUACGGCGGAUCGCCCUCCGGCCCAGAUGCUCACGACACAGCGGUCGAGGGCGGCGGCGGCCACGUAAUUACCCCUGAGUAUGGCAUGGACCCGACCCCCAUCGAGUCCGCCAAGGUUUCGCCAACUCCACCUCCCAAUGGUGGGAAUAACCAGGAAGGAGGAAGACCCCCUGUAACCGUGAUAGUGCAGCCUGGCGAAGUAAUCAUCGACGACCGCACAUUCACCGACAGCCCAGCGCAGAAGACGUCCACUGUGAUCGUGGGAGACGAGACCUUUGUCAUCGACCCAUCCCAGGUAGUAGGUGGUGGGGCCACCGUAACCCGACCCCCCAUCGACGUAGGAGGGGGUUUCACACCUCAACUCCCACCAAUCACAACCUCUAUCGGCGGUCUAGGGGUCGUCCUCGGACCCUCCUCAAUCGCAACGAUAGACGGCACGGUAUUUACCAUCGCGCCCACGCCGACGAUAGCCGUAGUCCAGGGACAAUCGAUCACCAUCGGACCCGCGGGGCUCAUCUUCUCCAGCCAGACGCUGCAUGUAGCCGCGGGGUCCGGACCGACGCAGACAGCCGUCAUGGGCGGACAACUGAUCACAGCUAUCGGCUCCGACACGGUAGUAAUCUCCGGCACGACAAUAACGUACGGGUCAACCGCGCUAGGCAGCAGCACGCUCACGACAGUCGUCGACGGGGACACGGUUUUAGUUGCCCCGACCGGCGUGGUCUUGCACGAGGGAGGCGAAACCUUGGGAGGCAUAACGGCGGCCCCGGACGCCACUAUGUACGAGAUCGUAGGCGGAGCAACGGUGACGCAGUUGGGUCUAACGGCGGUGGAGAUCAGCGGGCGGACAUUCCACAUCGGGCCCGGGGCGGCGACGCCGGUAACAACGGUGAUCGCAGGGCACACGCUGACGAUAGGGCCGGACGGCGUAGGCAUGUCGACAUGGACGCUGGGCGCGCCGCACGCGUCCACGAUAACUAUAUUUCCUGGUGCUGGCGGCCACCAUAACGGUGGGGGCGGGAAUAAUGCCGCGAUGACGAUUCCGACGGCGACGGGGACGUCUGGGAAAGACGAUAGCGGCGGGACGCUUUUACAGCGACCGGAUCGGUUGUAUGUGCUGUUCUCGGUUGGCGUCGGGUGUCUAGGGUCCUUGCUUUUUUGGUUGUGACGGGGUACCUAUUACUUCUAUUCUAUUGAUAUUACACUAUCUCUCAGGCAUCCUGCUACUACUGCUGCUACCUACCUAGGGAAAGGGGGUGGGUUAGUUGGUUGCUUGGUUUGGAGACCUGAUUGAUUCGUUUUCCACGGCGCAAGGGGCUGGACAGGGAGAGAAAGGGGGAGACUGUACAAAAAACC